AUGGCGACAGAGGAUGUGACUUGGGCGGCGAGAUAUGGACGAUUGGUGAUCCGGGUGGUGUACUUGACACCUCGAGUGGCCGAUCUGUGGAGUUUGAGGUUGUCUGGUUUUCACUCAUCUCUCCUCCCAUCGCCGAUUCUGUGUUAUCCGCGCUUGUUGGUGGUAACAGUCUGUCACAUCGCUCGGCCCGGGGUCGUAUGCUUCACACUCCGUCAGUGUCACGAAUGGCCGUAG